AUGACAUCGCGUACACUGUUUUUUGGAGCAUCCAAAAUGACAUUCAAGAAAGUAUCACAUAAAAAAGUCCGAACAGGAUGUGACUCGUGUAAGCGGCGCCGCGUUAAGUGCGACGAAUUAAAGCCGAUAUGCAGUGGCUGCAUUAGACAUUCACUAGAUUGUAGUUACUCGACAACUAUCGAUACAUCUGGGGGUUUGAAGCCCGGAUCCCCAGAUAUCUCCCCCUUCUCAUUUUCAGACUUUAAGCUCAUGCACCACUGGAACAUCUGCACGGCCGAAACAUUGGCACCAAAUGCAGCCCUGCAACGAGCUAUGCGAGAAUGCAUACCCGCCAUGGCCGUGAACCACAGAUAUCUAAUGCACGCUAUGCUGGCGUUGACUUCUCUCCAUAUGGCCUACCUACAUCCAACCGAAAUAGAACAACACGAAAGGCGGGCUGCGCAUCACCAUAGCCUUGCUCUUCCGCUGUUCCGUUCAGCUCUAGCUAGUGUUACAGAGAGCAGCAGCCAUGCUCUGUACGCCUGUGGCCAUCUUGUCAUAAAAUACUCCUUUGCCAGUCCGCAGUCUCGGCGGGGCCUAAUGUUUUCACCCGCCACAGGAACAUCAUCGGAGAUCAUUGGCCUUCUUCGAGGUGCUUUUUCAAUGCAUGGUUAUGCCGAGAAGUGGCUCUCCAAUGGCCCACUCAGCUUCUGUAUGGAAAGGCCGCUGGAUGAAAACCCCGACUUUAGCCAAAAUCCCAAUGAUAGUUACCUCGUCCAGCUUUUGUAUCUGCUACUCGCGGAUUGCUCUGAAGAGAGCAACCUCUGUUGCGCAGCUCUCAAUAGCCUCCGACGACUGCUUGCUAUGGCUUCUACUCCUGGGCAGACCAUCUCUGUUAAAACACUUACGUAUUCCUGGGCAGUGCAGGUUCCCCAAAAAUACAUCACUUUGGUCAGUGAAAGGAAGCCAAAGGCCCUUAUAGUUCUAGCUCAUUACUGUGUCAUGUUGAAAAUGCUCGAUUCUUUCUGGUUUAUGGAAGGGGCUGCGGCAAGGAUCUUGGAGCAAUGUCGACAGAAUUUGGAGAGCCAAUGGCACCGCUACCUUGAAUGGCCACUAUCUAUUGUAGGGGUAUACGGCGGAGAGAAAUAA